GAUCAACAGAUAUAUCUUUGUCUCUAAAGCAACAACAUCGCUCUACUUAGCUGUGUAGCAGUGAAACGUUCUCUAGUCUCUCCCAGGUUUCACCAUGUCCAUCGACCCGGCAGCCGAGCUGCCUUUCUACUACGGCAGCAUCAGUCGCUCAGAUGCCGAGCAGCACCUGAAGCUGGCCGGGAUGGCCGAUGGGAUCUUCCUGCUGCGUCAGUGUCUCCGCAGUCUGGGAGGCUACGUUCUGUCUGUGGUGUGGAACCUGGAGUUUCACCAUUACCCCGUGGAGAAGAAGCUCAACGGGACUUACUGGUUAACUGGAGGGAAGUCUCACUGUGGGCCCGCAGAGCUCUGUGAGUUUUACAGCAAAGACCCUGACGGGCUGGUGUGCAUGCUGAAGAAACCCUGUCUGCGUUCCCCUGAAACACCGAUACGUCCCGGCGUGUUCGACAACCUGAGAGAAAACAUGCUGAGGGAGUACGUGAAGCAGACCUGGAACCUGGAGGGAGAAGCCAUGGAGCAGGCCAUCAUCAGCCAAGCUCCUCAGCUGGAGAAACUGAUAGCUACCACAGCCCACGAGAAGAUGCCCUGGUAUCACGGUAAAAUCACUCGGCAGGAAGGUGAAAGGCGGCUUUACUCUGGAGCUCAACCGGACGGCAAGUUUCUAGUGAGAGACAGACAAGAGUCGGGUAGUUUUGCUCUCUCCAUGGUAUACGGUAAAACAAUGUACCAUUACCAGAUCCUCCAAGACAAAUCAGGGAAAUACUCCAUGCCAGAGGGAACAAAGUUUGACACAAUCUGGCAGCUGGUUGAGUACCUGAAGAUGAAAGCUGAUGGCCUGGUGACUCAUCUUGGGGAGUCGUGCGUUAACGGAAAAGCUGCUGAAAAGACACCCAGUCUUCCUGCAACGAGGCGUGCCGGCACAAAUGGAUACACACCGCCACCUCGAGCUGUUGCAGCGGCCUCAGAGCCAGUCAACACUGUGCCUGCAGACCGUGAGGUUCUGCCGAUGGACUGCAAUGGAUUCAACCCGUACCACAACCCGAAUGAAAUGAGGAGGUUUAACAUCCAGAGGAGUCAGCUGCUGAUCGACGAAGUGGAGCUCGGCUCUGGGAACUUUGGCUGCGUCAAGAAAGGAGUCCUCAAGACUGAGUCUGGCCAGAUUGACGUGGCCAUCAAAGUGCUGAAGAAUGAAAACGAGAAGCUGGUGAAGGAGGAGAUGAUGAGAGAAGCAGAGAUCAUGCAUCAGCUGAGCAACCCCUUCAUCGUCCGCAUGCUGGGUCUGUGCAACGCUGAGAAUCUGAUGCUGGUCAUGGAGAUGGCCGCCGCCGGACCUCUCAACAAGUUCCUCUCUAACAAUAAGGAUACUGUAACUGCGGACAACAUUGUCGACCUGAUGCACCAGGUGUCGAUGGGAAUGAAGUAUCUGGAAGAGAAGAACUUUGUGCACAGAGACUUAGCAGCUCGAAACGUCCUGCUGGUCAAGAAACAGUUUGCCAAAAUCAGUGACUUUGGGCUCUCCAAGGCCCUCGGAGCAGAUGACAACUAUUACAAGGCUCGUACUGCCGGUAAAUGGCCUCUGAAGUGGUACGCUCCAGAAUGUAUAAAUUUCCACAAAUUCUCCAGUAAAAGUGACGUGUGGAGUUUUGGUGUCACCAUGUGGGAGGCCUUUUCCUACGGAGGGAAACCUUACAAGAAAAUGAAAGGACAAGAUGUAACGCGCUUCAUUGACGCUGGGAACCGCAUGGAAUGUCCAGCAGCAUGUCCAGAGCGAAUGUAUACAGUAAUGAAAGAAUGCUGGACAUACAAGCAUGAGGACCGUCCUGACUUCAAGAAGGUUGAGGAGUCCAUGAGGUCUUACCAUUACUCCAUAUCAAACAAGGCCAAGAUUGAGGGAGCUUCAGCCACCGACGAGCCUAUCAAGUAGACAGAAACAGAGCACAUUCUGUCCAAGUGCUUCACAAAGCAUCCUUUCAACUGGCCAUUAAAAAAAACAAAACAAAGAGCUUUUUAUGAACGGCACACACUGACAAGCUUUGACUACAGUUCUCAUACAGCUAAACAUGCCUCACUGACAUUAAAUGUGCAAAUUGGACUUAAGUGUGUCUGCCAUGUAAGGAGGAUCUUAAUCUUUGUUACUGUCGUGGUUUGAAUGUUAAGUGUCAACCUCCAUAUAUAUAAUGGGAGUAUGUGUUACAUGUGCAAGUUUUUUUUCACUUCAAUUUAUCUUUUUUAUGUAGAAGCAAACUAAUAUAACUGUACACUUAAAUAAUAUCUAAGUGUAUAUAAGUUACUUGUAAAGUCAGCGAUCAAUGGUAAAUAUUUGGUUUACUUCAACACAAAGUUUAUCUGUAACAUGCAGGUUAUAAGUUUAGCUCAUAAUUGGGUCAUACAUGCAUUAUUUGGGGUUUUUUGUUUUGUUUUUUAGACACCUCGGACUGAAAACAACAAACCAACAUAUAACAAUGUAACAAUAUAAUAAUUUAUUACUCCUACUUUUGACUUACAGAGGGAUGGCCCACAUGUUUCAAAAGGCCCCAAGAUGAAUAGAUAAAACCAAAUAUGUAACUAUAUUAAGCAUGUAGCAAAAGAAUAUGGGGAAUACCAUCCUAGAAACAUGCCUUGAAUACAUGUGCAGAACACUACAACUGGACCAUCUGCAUUGGAAAAGCACAAGGAAGAUGUUAUGUAGCCUUACUUAAAAGAUUCUCCCAAAAUUAAAGCUACAAGUGAAAAAAGUUUUCUAAAGUUUCAGAAGAAAUAUAGCUUUGUGUAGGACAAAGUAGAUAUAAUCUAUAUAAAUAAAAGGGGUAAUAUGGUUUGAAUUAAAUAUUAAUCUUGGAUAAUUUAAGCGCCUUUGAUUAAAGUGGUUUAAUUUAGAGUGGUUUGUAUUGACCGUGUUAUUUAGUAAAAGCCAGGCUCCCCUUGCCUUACAGUCACAUACUGAUUCAGAGGAAGUACUUCUGAGCUGCCAGGGCGACAACUGAAGGGCACACGACACCGGAAGUUGAUGGAUUAGUAAAAAUAAUGGCGUAAAGUUUUUACGGAAUAAAACAUCAGGCCUUUCAAACUGCAUGUGUAAAUUCAUGGGCAUAGAGGAAUCUCAAAUGAAUAACAAGAUAAAGUCAUGCAUUCAAUAGUUGUGUCAGAAAGUAAGCAAGUUCUAGCAGUAACGUGUACUCACAUUUUAAAAAUACAGAUACAGUUAGUGUUAAAUCAUGAUAAAGAUCCUUAACAUUUGACAAAAAUAUAUAAUAAUAUUGACUUCAGUAAUACUCUUUAAAUGUCCCAAAUGUACUGUGUUGUGUUUUUUCUUUUUUUUAAUCAAUAUUUUUUUCUUUUUUUUUUCUCAUAUUCUGUGAGCUUUCAGGCUGUGUGAAAUCUCCAACUCGUGUGCAGGAGAUCAUCAUUACAGCAAUCAGAGAAUGGUUGUGUUAGAAAAUGCAAAUGAUAAUCACCCCUUCCAGUACCUCAAACCUGACAUUUUUAGUAACUAACUUUCAUUUCAUUUAUUGGAUAUUAGUAUAAGAUGUGAACUAUUUUGGGGGAAAUAAA